AAUCCAAACACGCCCUAAUUAAAAUUGAAACCUAAAUUGCUAAACGAUUCCCCUAAAUCCCCCCUUUUCAAAUUUCUCUAGAUAUGUUAGAAAAAUGAACCAAACAAAUUCAGUGUAGAUCGAUCCUAUGAAUCACAACAACAGCAACAGAGAGAGUCGAAAAGUGCAACACUUUCUUCCAUUCCACCAGGUUUCUCACUCUUCUCUCUCUAAACAUGGUAUCAUUCCAUUUCUCCAAUUUUCUGCCUAUAGUUUGAUCCCUACACUCAUAUCAUGAAUCCCGCCGAAUCAAACCACCACCAUGUUCCCCCCAAUCCAACCCCCCAACCCUUACUAUCAAAAUUCAAAAAAUUCACAUUCCAAACCCUCCCCUUAUUGAUUCUACUCACAGCAAUCGCAUUAGCUUUCACAAAAUCAAAUUACUUUAAACUUCAUUACUUCAAAUACUCCCUCAAAUCACAAACCCUAUUUUCACCCCCAAAACCACUUUCUACACCCUCCCAUUGUGUCCUAUGGAUGGCCCCUUUUCUUUCACCUGGUGGGUAUAGCUCAGAAAGUUGGUCUUACAUUUUAUCUCUUCAUACUCACAUAAAAAUGCGUUCUUUUAGGUUAGCAAUUCAGCACCAUGGUGAUCUUGAAUCUAUGGAAUUUUGGGAGGGUUUGCCACAGGAUAUGAAGAGUUUGGCUAUUGAGUUGUACCAAACAAAGUGUAAUAUGAAUGAGACUAUUGUGAUUUGUCAUAGUGAGCCUGGUGCUUGGUAUCCACCUUUGUUUCAAACAUUGCCGUGUCCGCCGUCGGUUUACCGUGAUUUUAAGUCUGUGAUUGGGAGGACUAUGUUUGAGACUGAUAGAGUGAAUGAUGAACAUGUCGAGCGUAUUAAUAAAAUGGAUUAUGUUUGGGUUCCUACAGAGUUUCAUAAGUCUACAUUUGUUGAAAGUGGGGUUGUUCCUUCCAAGGUGGUGAAGAUUGUUCAACCUAUUGAUGUGAAGUUCUUUGAUCCGGUUAAGUACGAGCCGUUGGAUCUUGGUUCUACGGUGGAACGGGUUUUAGGUUCUGGAGGGAGUGAGGGUUUUGUGUUUCUGAGUAUCUUUAAGUGGGAGUAUAGGAAAGGGUGGGAUGUGUUGUUGAAUUCAUAUUUGCAGGAGUUUUCGGGAGAUGAUAGCGUUGCUUUAUACUUGUUAACGAAUCCUUAUCAUACCGACAGUGAUUUUGGGAACAAAAUAUUGGAUUUUGUUGAAAGUUCUGAUUUUGAAGAACCAGAUAGUGGUUGGGCUUCGGUCUAUGUUAUUGAUACACACAUUGCACAAAGUGACUUGCCAAGGGUUUACAAGGCAGCGGAUGCUUUCGUGCUUCCUUCAAGAGGGGAAGGAUGGGGAAGACCUCUGGUGGAAGCCAUGUCAAUGUCGUUGCCGGUGAUUGCUACGAAUUGGUCGGGACCGACUGAAUUUUUGACAGAGGAUAAUAGCUAUCCACUGCCAGUAGAUAGAAUGAGUGAAGUAAUGGAAGGUCCAUUCAAGGGACAUCUUUGGGCUGAACCUUCUGAACAUAAACUCCGGUUUCUUAUGAGGCAGGUGGUGGAUAACCCGGAUGAGGCUAAAGCCAUAGGUAGAAAGGCAAGGGAGGACAUGAUAAGACAGUUCUCGCCUGAGAUUGUGGCAGAAAUUGUUGCAGACCACUUACAAAACAUAUUAGGGAGGUAAGAGCUAAUGAGCUUCUGGUUCCGUUUUGUUCACUGCUAUUUUGCUCCAAUUCCAGACCUGUUUAAUGAUUCACUCAUAAGAAGAUUGAGCUUGUAAGUGGAACUUACCGAUACCGUAGACUUCUCACGAAUUCAUUGAGCUACAACAAUUUUAUCACUGGAAAGUGUUUUAUUCAAUAAUUAAUUCUUUGUAUUUAUGUGAAUUUUUAUUGAAAAGGCACAUGCGAUCUUGGAUAAACAUAAAAUUGUUUCUCAUGGAAUGUAUCAGUCAUUUUGGAACAGUAUGUGGCUAUUUAAAAGGAUCUUUAUCAGAUGAAUGACAUCAUUUUUGUUUACUACUUUGAUCAACUUGAAAUAAAAGCAUAAUUCUUUGAUCCUUCCAUAGUUGAAUAUGGUAAUGUUCUGAUAGAGGACAUUAAGAUGUGUUUUUUAAUCAUGUUUUCUGAUCCAUUACUCAGUAAAAGAUUGCAGCCCUGAGGUUCUUGUGCUUGUUUGAGCUUCCAAGAUUGUGGUGGAGCCAUUGUUAAUAGCUUAUAAAUGUAAUAUUCAUAUAUAGAUCAUCGAAGUAUGAUUUCAUAGUUAGCAAGCAUUGGACUGGUUUGCCGAUUCAUGCAUGCUCAUACAAAGUAGGGAUCCGGUUUGACUGUAGCCAUACAAUGUUCUAGUCACUGCAAACAUCUGAUUUACAGUGACUUAAAAUCAUGACCAUUUGAUCUUCAACCAGUCAAGACUACAGUUGCAUGAAAUUUUGACCGCAUGCAAUCCGUUUCCUACUAACUACAAUCAAGUUUUCAGGUCUCGAAUGUUAGAAACUAAAGAGGAUGUUACUUUAAGGGUUAGUUUGAGGGUUCUGUCUGAUAUUUUGUUUCUAUAGCAAGCAUAUUGUCCUUCAAGAUUGAUAAAAAAAUACUUGGUAUGUGCAAAGAAACUUCACAGGCGCUUAUUGAUGAAUGAUAAUACAUGAAUGCUAUGCACAUGAAAGGUAUCAAGUUGAUGUGACAUUUAAAAAUCAUCUAAAAAUCAGCACACAAAAAAAAGGAUUUGAAUGGUUGAACUUUGAUAACACAUCUUUUCUAAAAUCGCUCUUUUUAUCCGGAUUGGCUCCAAUGUGAGUUAUAUCCGUAUUUAAAUCUUGUUAUUUAAACUGUCAUCACUCUGGUCGUAGAUGCUGUCUUUCCAUCACUCUGGAGAGAACUGUUGUGCAUAUUGAAUAACAAAGUUUGGUCCCAACUUGGAUCUUGAAAUGUAGAUUUGGGGCAACUGUCUAUAUCUUUACUAGCAGAUGUCUUACACGUGCAGAGUGUUAGAAUUUAAUUUCUGUUUAGCUGUCGUUUAUUAUCAAUUGAUAAAUAAAGGAAAGAUAGUGAAGCAUUGACCAAUACUCUUAUUUUAUGACUACACUAUUUUUUUUAAUAAACCCCUAAUGCGGGUAUUGUUCGAAUUUACAAAGACUGGUUUUGAAGAAAGCGUUUGCUUGGGAACCUUGGAGUUUAAGAAAGACAUAACUAGCUAGAAAAGAGUGUCAAUAAAGAAAAAAGUACUUUAGUUUAAUAGUGGAAAAUUUCAAAUAGAGACUGAACAAACAUAAACUGUACAUGGAACAACGGUAAAAACUCAGACCAAAUCAAUCAA